AUGGGAAUUCUUGAAAAAAUUCAAGAAAUUGAGUUCGAGAUGCGUCGAACUCAAAAGAAUAAAGCUACUGAGUACCAUUUGGGUUUGCUGAAAGGUAAACUGGCUAAGUUGCGCCACCAGCUUUUGGAACCUCAGACAAAAUCGGGUCCCAAAGGUGAAGGUUUUGACGUAUUAAAAAGCGGUGAUGCUCGUGUCGCGUUUAUUGGUUUUCCUUCGGUUGGUAAAUCAACCUUGCUUACUUCCAUUACAAAAACAAAGUCGGAAGUUGCUUCUUACGAAUUCACUACCUUGACGGCCAUUCCCGGUGUGCUUGAAUAUGAUGGCGCUGAGAUUCAAGUUUUGGAUUUGCCCGGUAUCAUUGAGGGUGCUGCCCAAGGCAAGGGUCGUGGUCGUCAAGUUGUGUCUGUUGCAAAGACCGCCGAUUUAAUUUUGAUGGUGCUUGAUGCAUCCAAGUCUUCCGAUCAAAAGCAAAAGUUAGAAUAUGAGCUUGAACAAGUAGGCAUUCGUUUGAAUCGUCGACCUCCAAAUGCCACGGUGACUGUGAAGAAGAAUGGCGGUAUUAAGUUCAACCAUACCGUUCCUCUUACCCACAUGGACUAUAAAAUGGCCUAUAAUAUCCUUCACGAAUACAAGAUUCAUAAUGCUGAUGUUAUGCUUCGGGAAGACAUCACCGUUGAUGACUUUAUUGAUGUUGUUAUAGGAAACAGACGGUACAUUAACUGUAUCUACUGCUACAACAAAAUUGAUUCGGUUUCCUUGGAAGAGGUUGAUCGUCUGGCACAUCUGCCACACUCCAUCGUGAUCAGUUGUGAACUUAAAUUGAAUUUGGACUAUCUCGUGGAGCGGAUUUGGAGUGAACUGAAUUUGCUACGUAUUUAUACGAAACGCAAAUCUGAGAUGCCCGACUUUUCUGAAGCUCUCAUCGUGCGCAAGGGUUCAACAAUUGAGCAAGUCUGCAACCAAAUUCACAGAAGCUUGGCAGAACAGCUGAGAUAUGCCUUGGUUUGGGGUCGCUCUGCUAAGCAUAACCCCCAACGUGUCAGCCUUACUCAUGUCGUUCAGGAGGGCGACGUGGUUAGUAUCGUUACAAAAUAA